AUGGAACCCACGGUACCUUCAGUCAAGAGAAGAGCAUGCAUGGCAUGCACGACUGCCAAGGCGAAGUGCACGCCGCAUUCAGUCAAUAUGUGCCAGCGGUGCGCUCGCUUGGGCAAGUCAUGCACAUACCUUGACAUUUCGCAGACCAAGCGGAAGUACAGAACUUCACCAAGCCGUGUGGGGUUGCUGGAGAAAAAGGUCGAACAGUUGACGUCGCAGCUGGCUGUCUUGGCCCGACAGAACGGACAGACAUUGCCCGAUACUUUUACUCCACUCACCAACAACGACUUGCACUUAUCUCGUGAUUAUGAGGCGGACUCAACCGAUAUUGCUGCGCUGCUAGAUGCUGCGAAAGAUCCGUCCCAUGGCAUCAAUCCGCCGACCAGCUCUGUCUUUGAGGGCCAGCCGUCUAUCGUUGAUCGAGGACUUAUGAGUGAAGCCGAAGCUGAACGCUUGGUGACGACCUAUCGGUUGGACUUUGUGUACAGAUUUCCAUUUGUAUUGCUUGCAUCUGGCGAGACAGCCGCUCGCCUUAGGGCCCGAGAACCUUUUCUCUUUUUGUGCGUCGUGGGCGCGGCCAUGAGUACUGCACACCCUCUGCGCAAAACCGUCGCCGAGGAGAUCAUGAAGCACGUUACUUUGAGAGUUGUGGCACGGUCUGAGAGGAAUCUCGAAUUACUCCGUGGUCUGUUGGUUCACAGUGCAUGGUACUCGUAUCCUGCAGAAAGAUAUCAUCCGCGACUUUUGUUGUUGAUUGAGUUUUGUGUUUCUAUUUUAUAUGAUUUGAGAUUGCACAGGAAACCUGGUCUAAAUCCGGACGAGCAGCGAGCGUUGCUCGGUAUGUAUUGGCUAUCAAAUGGUCUUUCUGGCUCACUUGGCCGGCCUUCUAUCAUGAAACAUGAUGCUAGAAUCGAUGACUGCGUUGCGACUCUAGGAUCUAUCGGGCAUCUGUCUGAUCGGUGCAUCACGUCAUUCAUCCACCUACAGUCAUUCUUGACCACAAUGGAUCAAGUAUACGCUUCGAUACAUGCAAGCGGUGGAAGGGCUCUCGUCCAAGUUACGCGCGGCUCUCUGCAGCGGCAAUUCGAUAGCAUGAGGGUAUACGUAGAAAAAGAUCUCUCAAACUGCCCUCCAUCAACAGAUAAUGCAAUGCGCAUCGAAAUGAAAUAUGCGGAAAUGAGGCUCGAGGAAUUAUCUCUCCGAGAUGAACUAUGGAUUUCAGAGCUUACCAGCGCAGUCCGAACAACCAUGCUGAUGGGUAUAAUCCAACGAAGCAAAGAGCUCAUGUACAUGAUCAAGAACCUACCCGAGCCGGAGAUGAAUCAUAUGACAAUAACGACAAGUGCUCGUCUAUGUGCCGCGAUAGGCUACAUGCCCAAAGCAGUAUCGACCCUUCUCAAUCUCAUUAGUACCGGCUCCGCCGACUCUACCAUGGAAGCCCAGGUGCAGGCCGUCGUUGAUGUAGCAGAGUAUCCUAAUCUUGUCACGGAGCUAGCCAACGCGCUGGAGACGAAAUUUGAGGGAAUGUCUGCUGCAGACAAAGAGGCGGAUAUUGUGGGGAGUAUUUGCUCUAAGAUGAGGCUGCUGGCACGCUGUUAUCCAUAUCAGAUUAGGGUAAUUGUUGGAAAUGCGCCGCCGUCUCAAGACGCAAGGCCGGAUACGGCCAUGAUGGCAGUUGAUGCUAAUGAGGUUACUAUGACACAAGUCUGGCCGUCUAUCUAUGGAGAUCUGGACGAUAUGUUCCCUAUUAAUGACAUCCAGUGGGAUUCUCUAUUGAGCGAUUUUACUGGGUUUAGCUAG